AUGUCAGAAAGGAACGUUAAAUAUUGUGACAUUAAUGAAUUUACUGAUUUAAAAAAGAUCCAUGAAGGAAAGUUUGGAUAUGUAAGUAAGGUUAAAUUAAAAAGUGGAAUCACUGUUGCAAUCAAAUUCUCGAACAAUAUUAAAAUUUUUGACAACAUUCAGACGUUUGAAAUGAUGCAAAAA